AUGGCCGCCCUAUUCGGCCUAUACCCUCUAGGCGUGGAGGUGAACGCUGCUCUAACCGCCCCCGAGGCCGAAGAGAGCUUUAAGGCUGUGUGGCCUACGGUCACCAAGCUUGCUGGGAGCAAGGCGAAGAACAUGCUCAAUUACUCCAGCUUCUACAGCAACUUCGGCGUGGAGGAUAGCGCCGAUGAUGAUUCUAUCACUCCCUUGGGCGAGGUCGAGCAUGUCGCGUUCUUGCUAUACUGGCUAUGCAAGUUCGUGUUUUGCACCCAGGUAAAUAAAGUUACCUUGGAGUUCGCCCACCUGGCCUACUAUCUUGCACAGGGCGGAAGGUUGGCGCUCGGCCCAUUCCUCCUAGGUCAUGUCUACCGUACUCUUCAUGACGUGGUCACUGAUGGGAUGAAGCCGAAGCACGGUGGUCCGCUAUGGGCCUACCAGUUCUGGCUGCAGGCUUGCUUCCCAGAACUGAGGGGGGCGGUCAAUAUCGCCGACACCGAGCCGCUGGCUAACACGCUCGCCCGGGCCCUCAGGAAGCAUAACACCUCGGUCUUCUGCUACAAGUUCUAUAAGCUAACCGAGAGGGCUGGGUCACAGUUUCGGGUGUGCCUUGCUAGGUCGUAUCCCUUGUACCUGGCGCACGACCUCUCCAUAAUUCCUGAUGGCGAGACAGAGAACGACCUGAGGGAGAUCUGGGGCUUCUUUCUGGUCGCGCGCGACAUUCACUGUGGCCUGUCCAAGGCCGGGGCCGAGGUUUAUUUGUCGCAUUUCGUGGCGCGGCAAUUUGGCCUGAGUUAG